ACAGAGUACAUCCAGUGUCCACAGAGGGCUUGCUCUCUCUCCACCUGCUCUGUUCCACACGCCAGUAUUCAGAAGGCAGCAAAAAUGAAGAGCAUUUACAUUGUGGCCGGAUUGUUUGUAAUGCUGGUACAAGGCAGCUGGCAACGCUCUCUUCAAGACACAGAGGAGAAAUCCAGAUCCUUCCCAGCUUCCCAGACAGACCUGCUUGGUGACGCCGACCAGAUGACCGAAGACAAGCGCCAUUCACAGGGCACGUUCACCAGUGACUACAGCAAGUACCUGGACUCCAGACGUGCCCAGGAUUUUGUGCAGUGGUUGAUGAACACCAAGAGGAACAGGAAUAACAUUGCCAAACGCCACGAUGAAUUUGAGAGACAUGCUGAAGGGACCUUUACCAGUGAUGUAAGCUCUUAUCUGGAAGGCCAAGCUGCCAAGGAAUUCAUUGCUUGGCUGGUGAAAGGCCGAGGAAGGCGAGAUUUCCCAGAAGAAGUGACCAUUGUUGAAGAGCUACGCCGUAGACAUGCUGAUGGCUCCUUCUCAGAUGAGAUGAACACAGUUCUUGAUAGUCUGGCCACGAGGGACUUUAUAAACUGGUUGCUCCAGACCAAAAUCUCUGACAGGAAGUAAGUCUGUGACUAGUCAAGAUCAUCUGUACAACAACACCUGCCAGCUACUUGGAAUGUUUGAAAUUUUAAGUUUUAUAAAUUUAAGAGGUGUAUUCUGAAGCCAUAUUGCAUUGCAUGCCAAUAAAUAAAUUUUCCUUUAGCACUAUGUAGCCAAAAGAUAGGAAAUGGAAUAAACCAUUCUCAGAAUAUUACUACGACAUCAGCUUUUAAAUCUAAAACUGCUUUAUUCUCCUUUAUUUUGUUUUGCAUAUUCCAACCUGUUAACAGUUAGUAAUUAAAUUAUUUUUCUAUGACAUAAUUUGUAGAUGUAAAUUAUUCCAAUCAUAAUGUGUCUGCUUUCUAAUAGCAGAGAGGAAGAACUGAUAGCCACAGUGGAAAAACUGGAAAGAGAACCUCCUUCUUGAAACCUUUGAAAUAAAAAUGCUCAGCUUUCAAUAUAUCAAAGAUAAAUUCAAAUAAAGUUUUCAAGCUUCU